GGGCGCGAGGAGGGGGGACCUGUUGAGAGCGAGGCGUAAACACGGGGAUCGUGACACUUUCGUGGCAGCAGACGAUAAAGUUGCCCCAAGGAUUUCCAGCGGUGCCCCUCUAUGCACAGGCAUCCUGCCCUGCCACGGAGACGAGUGUCAAGUCGAGAGUCAGGCAAGGGCAUCUAUUGGGCGAGGGAGGGAAGGCAAUACAGGAAAUAGGAGAGAGAAGGACGUCCCUCCAGCCUUCCCUCGAGGACCUGGCGCUGCGUGGCGGGAGGCAGGUCCGCAUUUUCCACGUUUUUGGGGCGCGUCUGGGUAUUCUCCCUGGGCACUUCGGACAUUCCUAAGGCGUGUGAGUAAUGGGGCUCUUUCUCUUCGUGUGAUCCAGGUGUUAGACGUGUUUUAGAGCCGUGCAGGGAGGUGGGUUUUUAAAAGUUGUUUUUGUUACUUGUUGAUAACGUGGUGAAAUGGGGGGCUGGAAGGGUACACGUUGUGGCAGGAUGUAGAAUUUUUUUUUCUUUGUUUUGUCUUUUGUCUUUUCCGUUUUUGCGAGAUAAAUCGAGACUUCGGUGGGGAAGCCCAGUGGAUGGAUCAUUAGAUGUGUACAGAGAUGAGAUUGUGUGUGUGUGGACUUUGUAAUUAGCAGGAGACAGAAACAUGGCUCCUCGUCCUGAAGGAUCCCCGGUGUCUACCCCCCGCACUCGAUCUCCUGUGAAAGGAGUGCGCACGGGGGGCGUUACUUGCUCAGGCCCCGAUGCCCUCUCAAUGCUCAGUAUGCUGGCCGAAGUAGCCUCAGUUACACUCCACACUGACCCCUCUGUUACCGACACCGCAGUAGCAGCCAAAACCAAGGCCAGUAAUUCAGGAAACCGUAAGCCCAGCGAAUACGAGGUUCUCACUCUAGAGCAAGUUUCCAACAUGACGGACAACCUACUUGUUAAACUCUUCUCUGACUUUGAGUCCAAUGAAAUGUGGCGAAGAUUUACAUACACGUGUAGAAUGCUCCCCGCUGCAUGUUCCCAGUUCUUCCAGAGCUUCGGUAGUGAACACAAGGCACGUGCAGGGAUGAAAGCUCAUCUCUUAAGUCACCUAAAAAGUCUGCUAGAAGUGCAUAAUAGUGAACAGAGUCGUCAGAAUUACAUUCUAGAGUCUGUCCCAGCACGCAAAAGAAGACUGUGUGAACAGGAAAGUUCAACCACCAAACGUAGAGGAGCUUCAGUAAGCAAUCGCACUACUAAGCUUUCCGCAACUCCUAAAACGCCAACUAGAGGGGGAGAGAAUAGCAGAUCUCGGAAGGCUGUCCACAUGACCCCAGAAAAGGAGAACGACAGCAAGCGAAAGAUUGCCGUUUUUAGUAAAGAGCACAAGAAAAUGGAGGUGGCUACAUCCUACCUCCAAGCAGACAACAUUAAGAAGGAGAACAAGUCCCUGCAAGAGAUACCAAGAAAUGAGACAAAGCCAAAGAGAAAGCUGGAGACCUCUCGGGACAGCCGGACGCGGGCAAAGAAGAUAAAGGCAGUCGUUCCAGAAGGUCCUCUCCAAAAUGACGACAUGAAUAACAACAACAACAACAACGGUGACAUGAAAAUGGAAGUUAAGUCUGAAUUGGAAGAAGGCAACCCACCAAUGCAGCAAGCUGUCUCACAUGACCACGGAUACCUGAAGGCUAAUCCGUCACUAAAGGCAGAAUCCACAGCAUGCAGAGCGUUCACCCCAAGUGAGCAAUACAGUUUGGAAGACUCUCAGCAAGGACAUCACCAGCAGUUACCUCAGGUGUCUGGCAUAGUGGAAGAAAGUGCUGGGAUUAGCAUGUCUGGUAAAGAAAUUCCCUCUCGUGAAGAUCACUCAACCCUGUUACACGAACACAUGAACCAAGAAUUACAGGGAGGCAUUAUGGCUCAGGAUUCUGGCAGUUCAUCAACACCAUUGCCAGUGGUUGGUUGUGAGGUAGAAUUUACACCUGAUCAGCAGUACAAAGUUAUGCGCUCUGCAGAUUUGCCAGUCGUGUAUGAUCACAAUAAUCCACCAUCGAAUAUCCAGACUGUGUCGAGGAUCAUCGAAAGGGAUGAAUAUAAAGUGCGCAAAAAGCCCAAAGGCCGAGCAAAAUUCAUCGGUCAGAGUAAGGUUGAAAAGGAAAUGGCCUUGAAGUUAAUUACGGAGAUCAGGUCGUUGCCAGUGAUGGCACUAGACACACUCGAAUGUAAGAUAUGUCACCCACCACGUCUCUUCACUGCCCCGUCCACCCUGUUGUCACACUACCGUAGUCAUGCAGGUAUCAGACCUUAUGAAUGCAGAAUCUGUGAAGCAGUAUUUACAAGGCAGCAUUCCCUUAAUUACCACAUGCUGAUUCACACAAACCAAACAAGGUUCACUUGCGUGGAUUGUGGGCGAAAAUUCCGUCAUCCCUCACACUUCAAGGAACAUCGUAGGCGUCACACUGGAGAAUCACCUUACGAGUGCUCUGACUGUUUGAUGAGAUUUAAAACCCGAAACACUUACAAACGGCACCUGAGGACUCGGCAUGGCAAGCUGUUGACAACCCAAGGAGCAAUCAUCAUCCUCUCCCAAGAGGAAGCCGACCGCAUGAAGAAGACCCAGGGACGCAAACCUCGUAGACCACGACAGCCACUCCAGAUUAUUAGUCCAGAGGCAGCUGCACAGAUGGAAGAGGAGCAGAUAUGGACGGAUUUUGAAGAGGGAGAACGGGAAGAAGAGGAAGAGGAGGAAGAUGACGAGGAGGAGGAGGAGGAAGAGGAGGAGGAAGCAUCUCAGUUAGAAAACGCACACAAAAGGAAGGAAAUUCCCAAAGGGAGUCCAUCAAAUAUAUCGUCAGGUUUAGUGUCUACUGUUGGAGUACAACAAAUUGCCAAUGGCAAAACGGGGCUGUUCAUCAGACCCAAAAAAAUUAGUGUAAGUAAAAGUAAGGGCAAAACUAAUAUUGAAAAGGAGAAGAUUGCAGAUCAGUCUGCUGAGAUGAAGGUAGAGAUUCAAACAAAUGAAGCCAGUUUUGUGGAAGAGGAGAGAGUAGAGGAAGAAGUUGUAACAGAAGAAGUAAACAUGGAUGAUUUACGUACAUAUGUCUUCCAGCCACCUCCUGAACAUAACACUUUGCCAAAAGUGAAUAUAAGGUCAACUUGGAAUACCAUAAACAUUGAUUUAAAAGAUCUGGAGAAAGCAACGGAAAAUGUUGUAACAGAAACCAUUCCUGAAAAUGAGAGUGAGGUGGCAGGCUUUGAAAAUAGCCAGGUCAUUGCCCAAGUGCCAGAGCAGGCCAUGAACCAGGCCUCAGAGGAGUGCACUGAUUUUACAAGUGAUAAUGUUUUACCAGAAGAAGUAAUCACCAUAUGUGCUGGAGAAGAAAAUACUGGGGAUGGUAUUCCAACAGCAGGCAGUCAGACCAGUGGUGGUACACAGGGAGGUAAACCACCAGAUUGGUUCACUGUUAAGAAACCGUUGAAAUGCUAUGGUCGACCAAGCUACAGUAUUUUAGAACCAAAUUCAAGUGUAUUUUCAGCAGGUGGCCCCACGUCUGGCACAAACAAAGCAAAUCCCCAGACCAGUCCCAGUGGCCGGUGGGUAUACCUGGUGGAGUACAUUCAGGGUCAAGAUGGAAGGCUUGCAAAGGUGUACCGGGGAAGUGCUUCUCUCGUUAAUAGAAAUAACCAGAAUUUAGGUGUGGAAGUUCCUGCCAGUUCUAGCGGUAAUGUGACGAUACGAGCACCUGUAAAUAGAGAUAAUGCAAAAGUUGCUGUUAUGUCUAGCACUGUUACCAGUACACCUCCAGCUGUUUGUAUAUCCAACUCUGUUGUGAAAACAUCAGGUAAAUUAGUUAUGCAAACAGGAAAUGGAGAGUAUGGGAAGUCGUCCAGCACUGCAGGUUCCUCCACUGUUCCUUCCCAUAUUCUGUCCAAACCUAAUAACCAGAGUACUCAUGGACAAGAUGCCAAUGAUAGAGUGGUUAUUAAUAAACAGGUUGUGAACAAUGUUGUAGUCAACAACCACAUUGUAAAGAAUGGUAGUAUAGUCAGUGUUAGUUGUGGAGAACAUAGCCAGAUGCCACUCAGCUGUUCCCCACAGCCAGUUGUUUUAGCAGCAGGACCAGUAUCUUCAGAUUCAAGCUCAAGUGAAGACCAUCUCAGGUCACAGGGUCACCAAAUUUUGUCAACUCACAAUCUUGCAGGGAAAUCACAAGAUAUGCUUGCCACAGAGACCAAGUGUCAAGAAGUUACACAUCACGCUUUUAAUGGAAACCAAAAAAAUCAGGUCUUUGAAGGUCACUCAGUUGAUCAUCUUGUUACAGUUGAUAAUGAGGUUUUGCUGGAGAAUGUUGAGAUCAUAGAAAGCAUGGAUCCAGGCACAGCUGUGAAUGUAACCGUUACUGGAAUAAUUGAAAGUAAUAGCAUUGAUGAAGAAGAGUUGCCAGUUGAAUACAAUACAAAAUCACAAAUGCAGGUACCAAGGAGGACUGACCUGUCACCAUCAUCAAGUGUCUCAAAUACUUCGAGAGUUAAAGUGGAAGAAGUUAGGCAUGGGGAAUCCCGUUUGGUGGAAGCACGUGGUGAAAUGAUGGAUAAUUUCCUAAAUCCGCAUUCAGUGAAUCAGAGUGAGUGUAAGGUGCCAAGCUCACCUGAUAGUAGAACAUCUGCACAGUCAAGUAAGAUGUUAGAUACACCUCAGUCUUCAUCAGAACAGGUGUCAUCUGUUCAUGGGAUAAACAGUAUUGCAACAAUGUCUUCAUCUGCUCUCAUGCCUGCUGCUGUACAAAUCUGAUUGCCAUUUUCUUAUGAUCAAUAAGUUCCACAAUAACUAACACCAGCCUAUAAAUUCUGUUACCAUAGUCAUUGCAGUAGUACUUAAGUUACUAACUUUAGUUUUGUUUACCAAGACUAAGUAUAAUCAGUAGACAAAUAUUUAUCAUACUGCUUAUAAUAUAUGCUUUAACUAUACUUUAUAUUUUUAUAUGAGCCGACAAGGUUUAUAUGUGUCUGUAUAUUUCUAUGUUUACAUGCUGUGUAAGUAGAUAAAACAGGGCCCUGUGCCUUAUUAUACAUAGUAACUUCUCUGUUCUGCAUCUGUCUGAAUGGGAUUACAUCAGACUUGUUUAGGCCUGGUGAGGAAACUACUUUGACAUAGUACUGUGUCCUACAACAUGCAAAGAUAUCUGUGUAAUUCAUUGGUUAUGGGAUUAGGGUGAAAGUGGUGCAGUAUCUGAUCUGAUCAAUGGAAAUUUUAGAGAAUUAUAAUUAUACCUAUAUGACUUCAUUUUGUGUUAUUUCACUUGAAAAGUGAAAUCACAAAACUAAUGCCAUGCAGCAAUUCUUUCAAUAAGUUCCUUGCUUUGUCUAAGAGUUCCUUAUAUAUAGGAUUUGAUAUAAAAACAACCUGCUGUAUGGCUCUUACACAGUGCAUGACAUUUGAUAUUAUAUAGUGAUAAUAGUGGCCUUAAGAAAAUAUAGUUUGUGAUGAGGCAGCAUGCUCUAGAAAUUCAAUAGAAGUAAUUUGCUACUGUAUUUUUAAGUUCAGUAAGAGUUCACUAAAUCAGACCAAGAUUCUAGUGACUUUUUCACUUGCAGCUGUCACAUAGUCUCUCUACUAGAUUUUAAGCCCAUUUAGGGAGGUUAUUGCAUCUGCUUUUCAGGUUUAAGUGUUUACAUUUAUACUUUCCUAAAUUUUUUUCCCAAAGAGAAUUAGCAUAGUAAACUUGUUAACAUCACACCACUUUUUUUUUUUUUUUUUUCUGCUUCUCUACUAUCUACUCUUUCUUGUUGGUCUUUCUUUUCCGAAUAAUGAAAUGCCCAAUGAUGUCUUGGACGUCUUUUUUUUUUUUCUUUUUUUUUUUUUUUUUUUUUUUUUUUUUUUUUUUAAUCUCAUUUUCAAAGUUACUGUUGUAAAACUGAAUGUUCAAGCAUUUUCUGAAUAUGCAUUAGGUACAUUUUUUGUGAUUUAUAUAUUUGAUAUAGUGUAAUUCCAACAAUAUAUGACACUUAUUUUUGAUACCACAAAUACCCUGGGACCAAUAUCCUAUCAUGGGUAGUAAAGCCAGGGGCAUGAGAGCUUCCUGCCAGUUUUGUAAGAUAAAGGAUCCUUCAGAGAAUCACAUAACAAGUGCUUGUUAGAUUUGAUAUGAAAAUAUUAUUACGUCUUGUUAUUUGGUUGUUCAUUUUUUUUGUAAUGAUUUUGUACAUAAAAGCUGUUAAAUGAAAAUCAUGAAAUUGGUUUUGUUUUCUUUGUAGAGGGCAUUUUUGGCAAGGGCUGCAUGUCUUCAGAGAUCUAGGGAUGACUAACUGCUUUAACUCUUGCUUUUAAAUAUUAAAGUGUAGUUCAGAUAAGCAUUGAUAUACAGUUUGCAUCUCUUUACGUAGAUCCACCCCACUAUUUUUAAUAGCUAUGUGGUACCUGACCUGCUGUAGGUAAAAUUAUGCCAUUUGUUUUCAGGUAGUAGUUAUAGAAUUUUGAGUUAUUUUUCCUUAUUUCCUUUUGUUUCAAUGUUCUAAGUUUAGUAUAUGUACUAUACUUCCAUUCGGUUGUUUUUUGUUCUUUAUUGUAACCAAAACAUUAGGAAUUCAGUCUGCACAUGCCCCCUAAAAGUUUUCAUUUUCUAUAUUUUUUUUUCUUUCUUUCUUUUCUUUUCCCCCUGUAGUUUCCUAAUUUGUAUUAUUUUGAAACAUUAUGUGGUCAGUUUCUGUGUUAAGUGAAGUGGAGGGACAAAAUUUCUAGUUAUGAGCAAGUGCCUGUCAUUGGCAAUUAUGAUCCUUACCUGUUCAAAGGUGCCUUCUUACAGUGACCCUCCAGUUCAUGUUUAAAAGAUUUUCAUGCACAAUUUCAUAUGAAGUGCCUUUACAACAAAUUAUGUUUAAGAAAAGUGGAGUGUUUGGUUAAUUGAAGUGAUAAAGGUUUGGAAUGCCAGGUUGUAUGUGACCAAAGGUUAGAGUAUGGGGGUUCCUUUUUUAAGGGAAAGGGUUAAUUCAUUCGGUUUAUGAAAUUGUUUGAAUGCAUUGCCUACUGCAUAUUAAAAAAAAAAAAAAAAAUUAUGAUCUUGAUUUAUAAGAUAUAGAACCUGUGAGGAGGCAGUGUGCCGAUUGUCAAAUUAGCACUAUUUCUCUCUUAUGUUUUAGUGUUUCAGAAAUAGUGUUCAAAUAUCCAUGGCCUCUCCAGAUGUACUUGCUGUUUAAAUUGUAUCUUGCUACUUUUCAGCUAAGAGUAUUUGAAUUACUGUGUGAAAGUAGACCUUUGACAAACUCCUUGGUUUUGAGUCCUAUAUUGGAGUAAAAAAGGACGGAAAUCAUAUGAUAGAAAAAUAUUGACUUCACUUUAUAAUAUAGAUACAUGAAGUGCUGUUUGGAGACUGAUUGCAGCCAAAAGAGAAAAAAAUAACAUUCAAAUUUUGUUUAGUGAAUAUUCCUAGUUUUUUUUUUUUUUUUUUUUUAUUAGAUAUAAAGAUUUGGAGGGAAUACCUUUCAAGAGUUGGUAUGACUUAAACAGUGAAUAGCUUAAGCUGUUUAUUAAAAGGUACGUAAAAGCAAUGGCAUUUUUUGGUUGUUAGUCAAAAUUUUGAGAUUUUUUUUUUUUUUUUUUUAGAAGUUAUUUUUAUAGCCCUAUUUCAUAUCCAUAAGAUAGUCUAUGCAUAAUAAAUGCAUACAGAUUUAAACAUAAAUACCAUUAGUAAUAUGUUUUGUAUACUUUUCAAGAAUGUAUAAACCUAAAAAGUCAAAAUGAUAUAAGCUGAACAUAUAAAUUGUGUAUAUAUCAGUAUGCACUGGUACGAAGGUUGUAAUUAAUGAACUGGAGCAUGAAAACCAUAACAUGAUAUAAGUAUUGUUGCAGAUAGUUAGACAUCCUAAAUGCCUGAAUGUUAGUCUUAAAACUGCUCUCAAGUGCCUUUACAUGUUCAACAAAUAGCACCUGAAUUGAAAUAUUUUCAAGAUUUUAUAACUAAAAGAGAUGGAAAUUUGUUUUUGUUUUUUGUUUUAAAGAAUGGUUUUGCGCAGAUUGUAUCAGUGCUAUUUUCAGAGUAAGGGUCAGUAUGAAGUACUUGUCUUAUAGCAAUAAUAGAUUGUGUACUAUUAUUUAAACAUAUAUUCUUUUAUACUUUAAUAAACAGCAGUUAAA